UCUGGCUGUCCCCGUUGCCGGGUGUUGUUUUGCGUCCCUCCUUGCGCCCCGCCUGGCCGCGGAUGAUGGGGGUGGUUGUCCCCUCGUUUCCAGGAGCGGCUUCGCCCCGGACGGGAAGGUGAGCCAGCAGCGCCCGUUGGCCAGAGACCCUCUGGCUCCCCCGCUCGGCUCUGGCGGCAGAGGAUCCGCCCAGGCGCUCUGCACGUGCUCAGAGGCGCCCUCGCCCGCCGCGCAGAAACCCUCCUCCUGCGCCGCUAUGGGGAUCGUCAAGCUGGCCGAGGUGAUCAAGGAGGAGGCUCCGGACGCCGUGCGCCCCGCCAGCCUUCAGGACUACCGCGGGCGGGUGGUCGCUGUGGAUGCCUCCGUGGCCGUUUACCAGUUCCGCACAGCCAUGCCGCAGAUCAUCAACCGCCACAGGGAGAACAUCAGUUCCCUGCAGGGGCUGUUCUUCCGGACGCUGCACCUCUUGCAAAACGACCUCAAGCCCCUCUUCGUCAUCGAGGGGAAGCCCCCCGGGCUGAAGCUGCCGGUGUCUCCAUUUGGUUCCUCCCUCUCUGGAAGUCCUCUGGAAGAGAUCUCCUUGCCCAUCGUCCUGCAAAAGCUGGGCAUGACUCAGGAGCAGUUUGUGGAUCUCUGCAUCCUGCUGGGCUGUGACUACUGCUCCAAAGUCCGAGGAUUGGGCCCCAAGAAGGCGCUGAAGCUGCUGCAGCUGCACGGGAGCAUCGAGGGGGUCCUGAGGAACACCAGCCGCAAGACCUACCCCCUGCCGGACGGCUGGCACCUGCAGGAGACACGGAGACUCUUCCUGCAGCCGGAGGUGGCAGAUCCGGGCCAGGUGGUGCUGGAGUGGAAGGAGCCGGACGAGGAGGGCUUGGUCAACUUCCUCACGCACGAGAAGCACAUGAAAGAGAGCCGAGUUCGGGGUCGCCUGAAGAGGUGGCGAGACGCCCGCCGGAAGCUCCGGGAGGUCCAGGAAUCCACCUCCAAGGCUUUCAAAGGCAGAGCAAGGAAGGCAGCCAAGACCAUGAAGGAUUUCUUCCCGGUCCAGAAACGUCCAAAGAUGGAGCCCACCUGUCCACCUGCCAGGAAGAAGCCAAAGUUGUCUGCAACAGCCCCAGGGAUUUAAGGAGCGAUUCCCUUGGAGGGACCCUGGUGCUCUCAGAGCCUGGUAGUUUCCCGUUAGAUGUUUCAUUACCGAACUAGGUAACGCCCUCAGUUCCCUUUGCCUUGCACUGGGCGCCUCGUCGGGUUCCAGGAAAGGCCUCUGCUCUCCUUCAGAACACACACACACAACCGGCGAUACGAGCAUCGCGUCGAUCAGAAUCGGCGUCUUUCAGCUGAGCAAAAUUGGCCCAAAAGCUUCAUGCCAGCUUACAGAUUAAGCACCGUUUGAUAGAAGAGAAUAUUUGUAGCUGAGGGUGGAAAUGGGGGGUCCUGAGCGCCCUCUGAGCUGGGUGGGGGUUUUUGCGGACAUUUCGUAACCCAACUGGGUAACUUCAUCAGUGCUAGAAGGAAGGGGGUUCAGUUGCUCCCUUUCUUUCUUUCUUUCUUUCUUUCUUUCUUU